AAUUGAGCAGCAUUAUCCCCUUUCAGCUUAACUUUUAAAUUAUCUUUUUCAUUCAUAUUUUUUAGUCUGGUGUAUCCUGCCUACGUGUUUGUGCCACUGUCAGAUUAUCCCCACUUUUGGACAAUAAAAGUAUAUUUCUCUUUGUAUUUCUGAGCCGAACUGAAACCCGAAUUUGUGUCUUUUAAUCAGCGAGUGGAGCAUCCGUCCGGCGCUGACGAUCUUUGAACACACGCCCAGCCUCAGCACCAGCGCAUCUUUUCUUCACGCGCCUCUUUUCCCAGCCUUCCCAUCCGCGGCCCCGCGUGACGCACACAAACACAGCCGGACCUCGUUCUCCUCCUCCUCGCGCCCUUCUCUCGCGCCUGCCUCGUUAUGUCUUUGAUCCCCACCGCCUUGCCGCCAUGCCCGCUGCUGAUCGCUACCUGCCGCCGAUGCUGCUCGUCUUUCUGCCGUCGUCGCUGCUGAUCUGCUGCCUGGAUGGGGCGCUGAGAGCCGCGGCGGAGGAGGGCGGAGGCCUGCCCUCACCCCCCUCUUCGCGCGGGGACAAUGGCCUCCCAGCCGCUGUGGGAGACCACUCAGCUCUGGCUGCAGACGCCCAGUUUUCCCUGAAGGUGCUGGUCAGAGACCUGGUGACCCGCCGGCCGUUGCCAGGGGCCUCGGUGGACCUCUACCUGAACCACACCUUGAGGAGUUCCGCCCAGACGGGAGAGGACGGGGAGGUCCUGCUCCGGGUGCCGUACCACCCGGGUGUGGGUUUGACCCUGCUGGGCAACAAGGAGGGAUAUGUGCCCAACCCACUGCCCUGGAGCACCACCAAGAGACCAAUAUUCUCCGCUGUGACCUUGCUGCUGCUCCCGCAUAGUCAGGGGAACAUCUGGCUGUUUGAAGACUCAGUACUCAUCACCAGGAAGUUACCUGAGAGCUCCUCCCAACCAAGCGUCAAGUUCCCCAAGAAUCUUCUCACCGUUCCUGAUAAAAGCAACAUCUCUUCGUUGAUGGCAUACCUGACUGUGCCGCAGCACCACCUGGCGAAGGACUGCGCCAACUGCACCCCAGGCAUCAUCAGCAGUAAAUCAGUGCUCAGAAGCAUCGAGCUGAAGGCAGCGGCAGCCGUCAGCGUUCAGCUGUACUCCGGUGGUGAGGAGCUCCAGGUCCGAGGGCCGAUACAAAUCAGCUUGCCGCUGGGACACAACACUCGCCUGGAGUCCUCGAGCACAGUACCCGCCUGGGCCUUUAACAUGAAAACAGGUGCCUGGGAGAACCACGGUCUGGGAAUAGUUAAAGCAGUCGGUGACGAGCUGGUGUGGACGUACACAGCAUCCCAUCUGGGCUACUGGAUCGCUGCCCCUCAUCCUUCAGCGAAAGAUUAUUUUGGACAUGCAAGCUCUAUGGAUUUCAUCUCUUACCAUACCUACCUUCUGGUGGGAAUACUGGGAGGAACUCUUGCCAUCGUGAUCGGAUUCCUGUCUUUGCUUCUAUGUCACUGCGGCAGUUCCCGUCAAGAACCCAAGAGGAGAAAGGCCCGCUUUUCCAAACUCACUGUGGUAAAAAAAGACCAGACAACCUCCACCCACAUGGAGGAGGGUUUGCUCCUCCGAUCUGGCGACAACAGCCCCGCCUCCUGCAGCGUCCAGUGUGAACCAUCGGCCACGCCAAGACACAAAGCCAAUUACAAUAUCUAUGUGGAGGAUCCAGGGAGUCUGACCGCAGCUCCUCCUUAUGAUAAUUUCACUUCAGAUCGGAUGAAGGGGACUCAGCCUCCGCUACACUACAUCAACAGCGAGGAGGUGGCUCGGAUUUGUGAGAAAGCGGAGCAGAAUCGGGCUAAUAUAAACUCGGACAGCUUCUUUCAAGAUAAGCUGGUUCACAUCUACAACCAGCCGGUGGCGAUUAUUCAGGCCCCAGAGCUGUUCGGGGCUCAGGAGCAGCAACUACCAGGCUGCAAGGCUGCCACCUUUCCCAGGAAUGGAGCUGAGUAUGACGCUCAUCCAGAGCCUGCAAAUAAAGACAACUACACCCAGACGCUACCCAAAGUCCACUCUCAAGGCGGGAGCAGUCCACAUCAGAGCAAUCAAGAUGAGCCUCAGCCUCUGGAGACGCCCCCACCAGGACAAGGUCCAAAUGCUGGUGUCUGGGGACGCUACAGUAACCUCCUAGAAUCUUCUGUAUCUGUGCCAGGGACUCUCAAUGAAGCGGCUGGCAUGGAGUCCUUUAGUAGUGGUCACAGCAGUGAGCUACAGGGGAUUUCUGAGCGCACCUUACUAGAGCUGACUCGUGGGAAGUCCUCGUCGGCUCACCCCAGGGCUUGGUUCGUGUCGCUGGAUGGAAAACCGGCCGCCCAGGUUCGCCACUCCAUCAUCGAGCUUCAGGGCCGCCACAGGCCACCGAGCAGCAACGACACCAGCCUGGACUCUGGGGUAGACAUGAACGAGCCCCAGCAGAACAUCCGCGAGAUGGAACGCGAAAGGCCAUCGAUAAGGGGCUCCUCCCUGACGCAUCACAGCAGAGGCGGCCGGUACGGUGAGGAGCAGGACCUGAGUAGCAGUGAGAGCGGCACCACUGCUACUUGUACGCCAGAGGACCCUUCUCUAAGGAACAUUCUAGAUGGGAGCAGUGGGGCUAUUCCCAAUAUUCCUGAAGAGCGGGAUGGGAUGGAUACCUCCAGCGCUCAAGAGGACAGCGAGUCGAGAGGUACGCCGCCACCUCGGCGUCUUAGGAAGGUGAGGGAAAGAGGGAAGACGGAAAAGAGGAGUACUAAGCACGUCCGGGAGGGAAGACCUUUGACCAAGAGAAGUUAGAGAUAGUUUGCUUUAGACAUAUUUUUGAGAGACUUGACAUAGGUCCUCAAAUUUGUGUUUACUUAGGCAUUGUUGUUAAGUCCGGUGAUUGCUCAACUUUGCCAAAGAAAGCAUAAGCUAACAGAAGAUGCACUGCAGCAUCUAAAGUGUUUCAUAUUGAAUCCUAAUGCAGAUGCUGUUUAAAAAAGUGUCUGCACUUUGUUCUUUCAUUCCCUCAAUUCUGAAGAUCACCAGCGAGAUUCUUCAAAGAUAAUACAAUAUGUAACCGUCCCCAGUGUUUGCUUUACAGAGGGUGCCUUCUUACUGCCUGUAAUCAUGAAAUGGAAUGUGUUUCCUUGUAUUUACUGAAAAUCGGAUAAAUCUGCAGGAUGGACAAGUGCAACGAUCCUCACCAUAAAUGCCUGCUGUAAAUUGAAGAAGCUUUCCAACUUCUCAGCACUCACACCUGGUUUUGAAGAUACUGCCUCAAAAAACAAAGAACUACUACCCUGAGCUGGAAAAAGACUGAUAUACAGAGCUGCCACAUUAGGUCAUCAUCUGAUUUUCUGUAUUUUAGGACUACAAUUGCUUUUCUUUGCAUGAAAAUGAAUGUUUCCUUUGGUGAGUGAACACAUAGAGCCACAGAGCUUACAAGAGACCAGAAUAGCUUUCAGGUGACUUAGGGGUCGAAUGUUUCAUUUUACUGUACGGACUUGUCUGAAGACUUGGCGUUGUGCUGCCACAUGUUACGAUUCCAACUCUGGGAUUUCUUCACCACUGUUAGAGAGUAGCUAAAAAGCCAAUAUUUGUUCAUUUCUGAGCUUAGAACUGUAUUCAGGGGUUCCACCUUAAUGGAUUUAUAUGCUUUAAUGUAAAAACAAACGGAAGCUGUUUUUGUCUCUGAUUAUCCACUGAAACGGCGACUUUUCUCACAUUCUAAAUACGUUUAAAUGGAGAGCUUGAUAUGUUUUCCACAUAUUAGUGCAUGUUUUGAAUGGACUGAUAUCAAAUAGGGAGUAAAGGAGGGGGGGGGGGGGUGAAGUUGACUCACUGCUGUUUUGCCUUUUGACUGUCAAAGGAUUUAGUCACAGACGUAGGUGCAAAGUAGACGCCAAUAGUUAUUGGCUUUUUUCUGUCUUGUGGCCAAAUGUAUGCGAUCAGACAUCUUUGCGAGCUGGUCAGUCUCAAGAAAUGUGUUCUGACCGACCGGGGGAGUCAUAAAAGGUUGUUUAGGUUUUCUUGAAAGGCCCAGUCUGAUCAGUAAAUUAGUCAAAUACAGCAAAGGAAAAGGCUUAAAGCUUUUUUUGUAUUCAUUACUGAUGUUAUUAGGUCUGAUGUUACUAAAAGAGAAAAAAAAUGUUGAGGUAUUUAAUGCAGCUUACUUCUCUAUUAGAAAGAACAACUCAACAGUAAGUAAUUUCAUCUGUUAUUUUAGGGAUUUCAAUGCUUCAAAACGCUGAGCUGAACUGUCUUUUAGAUAAAAUGGUUUUAAGAUGGGAUUUCAAUGUGUUUUUCACACUUUUGUGUAUGCUUUGUAUGGACUGGUAUAUAAAGAGGUAUUAUGCCUUUGAUCCGCCAGAGGAGCUAGUCACAGCCGAGUUUGCAAGUAGGUGCAAAGCGGCACCCAGGAGUGCUAAUGUCAGGUAAAAGCUUCAGGGCCAGUGAAGGGGAGCACACACCAGGAGCACAACAGUGCUGUAGAUCAAUUACUGCACAUCAGUUAGCACCUUUAGUACACGUUACAUGUGUCAUUUAAAAGUGAACCAAAACAUGACAGAAUACUGGACUUCAGCCAUGGAUGGUUUCAUCCCAGGUGUUGAUGCUCCUGAAUAAGAAUCACUGACUACGACGCCUUCGAGAGUCUGAUGCCGACCAGGUGCCAUUGGUGUGGGUUGCUUGACAGAAGAAUAUUUUUUAUGUGCUUCAUCCCCACCAUGUGUAUGGCACUUACGUCACCUCGGAACCCAAAAGAUCGGCUUUCAGUACCAUUCAAUCUGGUCUUAACAGGUGAAAAUACAAUACAAAAACAAGUUUCACUAAGCCAAUUACGAGAAUUACCGCACUGGAACUUGAGCCUUAGAAUCACAUAAAUUUGUAAGGUAGGGCAAAUGUUUGGAAGCACACAACAAUAUACUGGUAUGCAACCACAUAAACGAGAUUAUAACAUAAAGAGACACUUAUUAGACUGUAUUUUGCUGUAUUUAUCUUGUAUUUUGGUUGGUUUUGCUUAGUCACUAUUUUCCUUAAAUUAUUUUUUAAAGAAAGCCAUAAAAUAGUAAGGAUUGCUUCCAAACCUUUGCCCUGUUGUGUACGCUGACUGGUACACUAUGGAAAAUCGUCUGAGAACUAACAGGAUCAAUUUCAGCUGGGAACUAAUCAUAAAUAAUAAGGAUUUAAGACAAAAAUGUAGCUACCUUAGCACUGUCAGUAGUUUUGGUUGCCUCCUGUUUCAACUCAUAUGGGUACCUCUGUCCUGAGUGUUAUAAAUCAGGGAUGGGGAGCCAUUUUAAAUUGGUAACUGGGACAAAAGCAGAAGUUUCUCUCCAUAAAUGAGUAUUUCUUGCAAAUCAACUUUGUCACAUUUAGUCUUCCAUCCUAGUUCUACUGCAACAUGCUUUCAAUGAUGAUUUAUACUUGAUUCUGUACGUUCAAGUGUUAUCUUUUAUGUGUAAAUACCAUUUUUUGUGAAACGUGACAGUGAUUAAACGUCAUUUUGUUGUUUUUUUUCUUCCCUUUGAAAGAUGGUCGAUCGAUCUGUCCAUCUGACAGAUGCGAUGUUGUGUUAAUGUGACUUAUUUUAAGGUUGUCUUUUCGGGAGCGUGAACUCAAAGCCUGAGCAUUCCAAGCUGAAAUGUAGCUAAUGCGUACAAACACCUUCACUCACCAGUCAUCGGCUUGAAAACACAAUGUAUCCCUGCUUUCUCAGCGAGAUGAGACGUGACUUUGGAACACUUUGUGCAGAUAUUCUUGUUGUGUACAACAAACCUACUGCCACUCUGGUUCUUAAAUGAGCCAGAUGAAUGUAUCUGUACCACUUUUUUGAUGUGCUCCCUCUCGUAUCUAGCCAACCAGCACCAUGGGCUUCGCUCUCUUCCAAAAAAGGACACCGCUUGUGUUUUUACCUUCGUAACGAUGUUGGGUGUUCUUGUUGUUAUUGCAUUUAUUUUUUUUGCGCACUAAAUUAAUAAAUUGACUUCAUAAGAAUUA